UGACCAAGAGCAGCCUAGAACCGAAGUCCUGCUAGUCGCCUCCGUCUGGGUACCAGCCCCCUAUUACUCUGCAGGCGUGUGAAGGAAGAAGGAAACUAGCCCCGGACCGCGAGGUUUGUAGGUCUGUUGGCCCAUAGGUCGCCUCAAACGUCGUGCCGAGGGAAGGAGCAAACUGCCCUGGGACUGUGCAGGUCCGUGUGAAGUUCUCCAAAGCCAGCUAUCUGUCUUUCCGACCUUCUGCCAGACUGUCCAUCAGUCUCCGCGGAAGGAGUGCUGACAACAGAAGACAAGGGAAGAAGAAAUUUACCUGACUUUGGUAGAGGUUGGUGGGAGAAACCUACCUGUGAAUCUUUGGGGAAGGGGUGGCAGUGGAGGAAACUACCUGAGCCAUUGCCUCUCCAUGUCACCCUCCUGGCUAUCAUAGCACAGCCCCAACUCCUGCCCUUUUCUGUAGGGACUGGAAGAGAAAUGGUGGGUCGUGGGGGUAGAUAGAGGAUGACAAAAAGGAACAAAGAACUAGUUUCCUAAUAAUCAACCUCUCUCAACCGGAACUCAAAUUCCACUCUGUUUGUAUAGUGAGGUACAAACUCAGACACAACACAACGCCUUAAUGCCAUUUUGCACCCAUAGAUUCAUCACAGGAGAGCUACAGGAGCCCAGGAGAGGCUGAAGAGGACUGCUGCUCCACCAUUACUCACCCUGGCCCUCAGAAUCCUCCUGAAUCAGGUGGAACAAGGCCCUUUCCUGUCCUGUCCAAAGGCUGGCACGGACUUGACCAUGGGCAGGGCUCGGGAAGUGGGUUGGAUGGCAGCAGGACUGAUGAUUGGGGCUGGUGCCUGCUACUGUGUUUACAAACUAACCAUAGGAAGAGAUGACAGUGACAAGUUGGAGGAGGAGGAAGAGGAAUGGGAUGAUGACCAGGAGCUGGAUGAGGAGGAACCUGAGCUUUGGUUUGAUUUCACAACUAUGGCUCGGCCCUGGAGUGAGAAUGGGGAUUGGACCGAACCAGGGGCCCCUGGUGGCACCGAGGACAGGCCCUCAGGUGGGGGCAAGGCCAACCGAACACACCCAGUAAAACAGCGCCCAUUCCCCUAUGAACAUAAAAGUACUUGGAGCACUCAAAGCUUUAGAAAUUUCAGGUGUGUACUUGACCUCUCUAAGUGUCCUUUCAUUCAGGGAAAAAUGUGGUUUGCUCAGCCCAAGGAUGCUGGUUUUUCAUUUAGCCACGAUAUCAAUAGUCAUUUGGCCAGCCUCUCCAUUGUUGGAAACACGAUCCCCACUCCCGACCCUAUUAAGGAGAAGGCUUUCUGUACUCUGGAUAACUUGAAUGCAGGAGUUGAAAACCAGGGCCAGAUUAAGAUGUCCAUCAGUGAAGUGUGUCAGGAGACUGUGUCAUGUUGCUGCAACUCAUUUCUGCAGCAGGCUGGAUUAGAUUUGUUAAUAAGCAUGACAAUUAUUAAUAACAUGCUUGCCAAGUCCGAUUCAGACUUGAAGUUCCCUUUGCUAUCGGAGGGGAGGGGAUGUGCUGAGGUUCAGGCUUUGAAACUGUCGAUGGGUUUGUCUGGAAAGCCGGUCUUGGCAGGGGAAUCGCUGGGUGCCCAAGCGCCGCUCUCAUUCAUGUCCCUCUUGAUCAGGAACGGAAACACACAGGUGCUCCCUGACACCCUGGCCUCGUAGAGGGCCAUCUGGAGCGGAACGGAACCGAAUCCACCCAAAACCCUGCUGGAGAACACCCACCUGUGUUCUCAUUCAAAGAAUCUGCAGUGGGUGCUGUUGAAGACCCAGCCUUAGCCACCACAUCACGGGGUGAAAGUUACACUUGCUCCACCGAGGACCACGCUCUUCUGGGCCAGGCAGGGGUUUCCCCCCCCCCCCCCCCCCCCCCCCCGGGAGCUCUGAGUAACUUCUUGGUUUUGCAGUCUGCAGGCAAAGUGCAUUGUCAGUUACUCCCUUGCGGCCUUCCUCCUGCUGUAAAGGGAUCUUUUCAGCAGCCAGCUGUGCCUACAGAACAUCCUAUGAGAGCAUGGCCGGGGAGGUCUUGCCUCCGGUGGUCUCCCUGUGUCAGCCGGACUGUUUUUGAGGAGACCAGGCGCGUGUCGGGGCUCGAGCUGCAAACGCAUCUGUUGCCUCUUAGGUUGAAUUCUUCCCACUGACUCCUUCUUCGCUGCGAGCUGAUGGAUGGUGAACCUAGUCAUCCACAAAGGACACUCCCCUCCUCUGUGCUCUACUGACUUGACCUCCUCCACCCAAGCCUACAUUUGUAUGCAUCAUCAAUAAAGUUGUGUGCUUUGAUUGGCAAAAA